AUGCUGGACAGGCAAUACUUCUGCUGUGGAGAAAGGGACUAUAAUCGCACCAGGAAAGAUUUGGGAGUUUUGGGGGGGAUCUGUGGGGUUCAAUCUGGAUCGCCAAGCAGCUGGAUUCUGUUCUGCAGGAUGACAGAAGUGGCCCGUCCAGCUUUAAUCAUGGACUCUGAGAUGAUGUCCCAACCUGAGUCAGAUCAGAUCCCUCCGGUUGAACACGAGUCUGCACCUCUGGAUCUGAUUGACACAGGGAAGGGUCUCAAGGUCCAAACGGCCACACCUCAUCUGGUUAGCCUGGGCAGUGGAAGACUGAGUGUGGCCAUUACCUUGCUGCCACUAAAAAACGGCGUGACCCGCAUCGGGCGAGAAGAUGCCCCGAUCCCUCAAGAUAUCGCCAUCCAGGGCCCUGGAAUCGAGGCGGAACACUGCCUCAUCUUCAAUGAAGGCGGUGUUGUUACCCUGGACCCCUGUGGUCACCUGUGCAGCCUGGACGGAGUGCAGGUCACGGUGCCCGCGCCACUCACACAGGGUUAUUCCCUGUGUCUUGGUAAGUCCUACUUCUUUCGGUUCAACCAUCCCGAGGAGGCGAGCAGAAUGAAGAGCAUGCUUCCUCAAAAAAGCCCCGUGUCCGCCCUAGCCUACAAUACAGACUACCUGAAGUUUAGCAGCGAUUAUAGCCACGCUGUUGUUGGCGGGACCAGCAGCACGCGGGGCAUGCGCUCCGCCUCCGAGCUCCGCGAUUUGAUGGACACCCUGCAGCGCAAAAAAAAAGCUCUGGAAAACAGCCUGAGAGCCAAUGGGAAUACCAACCCGUCGUACUUCAGUGUGACACAGUCUCCCCCCACCACACCCAUCCCAUCACUUUCCCCAUCAGCCUAUCAGGAACAGGCAAGACGUUUCUAUGGUGCAGAUCGUCCUCCCGUGUCAUUGAAAUCUGUUCUCCCUCCAUCCCCAUCUCGACGUUCAGACCAUUCCUCUUUACUCUCGCGUACUUCCAUCAGUCGCAACCAGGACAACUUGGGCACCAGUGAGAACAGACGUCUCCAUAACACAGGCUCUUCUCCGUUCUUGUCAACAUGGACCGGCAGGGGCUCAUCCGCCUCUGUAUCGGCUGGUGAUGGCUUACUCCUCUCUCUUCCUCCUCCCUCUUCCUCACCCCGCUCUCCAUCGAACGGGGGCGCCGUAAGCAUGCCUUCGAGCCCCCGUCUUGGACGACGUUGCUAUGGCAAUCAAGAAGCUACACCAAGCAGUCGAACGAGGAAAUACUCUGCUGGUUCUCUCAAUGGGAUGACGGGAAGCGGGCACAGUCGCUCGCUGCCUCGCCUCUGUCCCUCCCCAUCGCUCCGAGACAACAACGGUGGCAAUUUGACAUUAUCAACCGUGCAGCCGCAUCGCUCUGAUAAUUACAAACUUAGCAAAGACCAUCACAACAACAGCUUAAACACCGCUGUAGACCUCAACCACAACUCCAGUAACUCCAACCAACAACUCUCAAAUAGGAAUCAAAUCAAUACCACAACAAAAGGAGAGGGCGUCGUGUCCAUCUCACUCUCCUCCAUAAAGAGCCCGUCCUGCAACGGCGUCACUUCCCCCAAAACAUCACCACCUGAUGUUACAAUUGCAUCCAAGACGGGGGGCUCCUCUUCCCCUCGUGUAGCCAAGAAACUCAGCCUGACUUCCACAAGCUCAGUGGGCUCCAUCAGCUCCAUGAGCACCAGUCCUUCUGAAAUGGCGCGGUCUUUAGGGGAAGGGGUGAACCCUUGGGUAGACUCGGAACCGACUAGUACCCCGGACUUCGGACGCAGCGAGAGGAGGUCGUCGUUCGGAAAAGCGGGAGUGACCCCGACGGGUGGCUUUCGGGAAAGACGGGGGAGUAUCAGCUCACUGAGUGGGAAGGAGGAGCUGAGCGACUACCAUCAUCAUCAAAAAGAGGAGCGCCUCCGUGAGCAGGAGGUGGAGAGACUGGAACGACAGCGUCUCGAGACCAUCUUGUCCCUGUGCUCCGAGCUGGACCGGGAUGGUGGUGGCUCGGUUCCAAAUCCAGCAUCUGCUGUGGCAGACCUCCAAAAGAUCAACCAGGAGCUUCAGAAGCUUCAGCUAAAUGACGACGACGACACGCCCACGGUUUUCUCCGGCACCUCGGUCCUUAACGGCUCCGCAGAGAACGGACUCAUUACGGAGAAUGGCUGCUACGACACAGAUCUACUGGUACGACAGAGGCGCAGCAGCGGUACUCGAGACAACAGGGCAGAAUCGCCGGCUGUCAGUCUGUGCGGUUUUGCCCCGUCACCUUCACCGCAUACACACAGGAUAAAUGAGGCACACGAUGAUGCAGUCCACCGCUUUGGACAGGAAGCCAGAGCCUCGGAGGAGGAAAUGAGGCGAGUGGAGGAGGACAGGAUCCAGGUCCUAAACAACAUGGAGGAGCUGGAGCAAAAAAUUAAAGAACUGGACAACCAAAUGGAGGAAUCUGCCCGAGAGGUGGAGGUAGAACGAGCCCUUGUUGAGGCGGAGCAGGAAUCUGAGUUAGCUGCCGUCCAGCAGGAAAAAGAGGCCCUGGGUGCGCUUCACAACAAAAUAGCCGACACGGAGACCAAAUCCCAGCAUGAAAAAGACAAGGCGUGCGAGUUGCUGCAGGCAGAAAAGGGCAGAGUAGAGAGAUUGGCUCAGAUUGUGUAUGAGCAGCGCUCCCAGCUGGACAGCUGCCCUGAGGCCACCAAGGAGCCCCUGCAGGAGCAGCUAGCCAGGGACUGUGAGGUGCUUGAGACGGAAACGAAGCGCUUCGAGGACCUGGAGUUCCAGCAGCUGGAGAGAGAGAGCAGGCAGGACGAGGAGAAGGAGACCCAAACACAACAGCUUCUCCGAGAGAUUGCCGACUACCAGCGCAGCACUGUGACCCGCAAGGAGCGACUUUUGACUCUGAAGAAGCAGGGGGCAGAGAUUACCCAGCAGGCUGAGCGAGAGAGAGAAACCUUCCUGAAGGAGAGGAGCAAACUUGAAGCGAUGCUACAAAGGGAGAAAGAAAAUCUCGCACCUCUUGAUCGAAAAUAUGCUGACCUUACUGGUGGCCAAACCUACACGUUAAGGGAGCAUUUCCGGUUGCUGGAGGAGAGGAAGCAAUCUGGCAAAGAUGGCGGAUCCCAUUUUAGUGGUACGUUACCCAGGAAGAGAACAACGUCCGCCGUGCUAGCCCAGUUCUCAAGUGCAACACUUGGACGCAGUUUCCCAACUAAGGCCCAUCCCCCAUUGGUACAGAGCACAAGCUGUGGCAGCAUUCUUCCCAGAAUUCUCUCCUUAUCCAGCAAGGAAACCGAAAGUAGACGUCUGCAAAAAGGUCAGCCGAGCUCGCGAGCGUCAUCCCAGACCAACGUCUACCUCAAUACUUUUGACUACCGGGACAACCAAGCCUUUGACACAAUGAGUGUGGAUAGCGCUGAUUCCAUUGAAACCAGCAUCUCUGCAUGCUCUCCUGACAACAUCUCCAGUGCAAGUACCUCCAAUGUUGCCAAGCUCGAAGAGAUGGAGCGUCUGUUGAGAGAAGCCCAGGCAGAAAAGAACCGUCUCCUUGAGCACAAGGAGCAAGAGAUGGAAAUUCGCAAGCAGGCACUGGACGAGGAGAAGAGGAGGCGGGAGGAACUGGAGAAGAUGCUCCAGGAGGAGACCAGCAGGCGGCAGAAACUCAUUGACCGUGAGGUGAAACUACGAGAGAAACAGCGAGUGCAGUCCCGACCGCUCACACGCUACCUACCAGUGCGGAAGGACGAUUUUGACCUGCGGGCUCACAUUGAGUCGGCGGGUCACAGCGCAGACACGUGCUUCCACUUGUCCGUUUCUGAGAAGACGUGCAGAGGCUACCUGAUCAAAAUGGGCGGCAAGAUCAAGACCUGGAAAAAGCGCUGGUUCGUCUUCGACCGCAACCGACGUACACUCUCCUACUACGCAGACAAGCAUGAAGCCAAACUGAAAGGAGUGAUCUACUUCCAAGCCAUAGAAGAGGUCUAUUACGACCACCUGAAGAAUGCACAUAAGAGCCCCAACCCCUCGCUCACCUUCAGCGUCAAGACUCACGACAGGGUCUACUACAUGGUGGCCCCUUCGCCUGAAGCCAUGAGGAUCUGGAUGGAUGUGAUCGUUACAGGCGCUGAAGGAUACACACAAUUCAUGUUGUAAUCAAGCGGUUGUGGUUGCAAAUUGAGCAUCUAAAAGCCUCUUUUUGUGGCUUUUUUAAAACACUAUGUUUUAUCUAUUGUUACUUUAGUAGUGGGGCAUCUACAUAUCCUACCUGGACAGCAGCUCUGAUUUACCUGUUAUAUACAUUUUACAUGCUUUGUCACUAAAUGACAAACAGAAAUGAUACAAAUCUAAGGCUUUAGAUUUGUAAAUUGCCACAAACUGCCACAAGUUUAGUCUAUCUCACACUACCUCUUGUUUAUUGCAAAUAUUUUUCCAUGUGGUGGUAAAAUGCAGUCACGCAUCUUCACUUUUCAUUAUUGACUCAGAAAAUCGGGAGAUAAUAGUUGGAGUCACAAGUUUGAUCCUUUUUGUGAAAACGAUAAAUAUCACAUGGAAAUUGAGACUUUUGUUAAGCAAAACCUUAUCAUUUAGAUUUGAACUGUUUUCCUCAGGUUUGAACAAAGUACACGCAUGCAUGUUGUCAAUAACUGAUACUCAUAUGCGCUCCAACGAGGCGCUUUUGUGUCUGCGUGAGUGCAGUAUUAGCUGUGAGCUUCUUAUGCAGCUCCAAGGUGCUUCUCAAGUGUUGGUCAACACAAAACACGCGGACACACGCACAGUAUUCACAUUGUUGCAUCGAAUGAAACCUUUGGCUCAGCAAUACAGCUCACCCACCUGUUAAAAGAUUGUUGUUUGGAAGAAGGAAAAAAAAAAAUAUAUAUAUAUAUAUAUAUAUAUAUCCAUCCAGUUCCAGUAACUGAUCAACUUUAGGAGCCUCUCUGUGCCUUUUUAAAUCUGUUUUUUUUUUUUUUUUUUUUAAAUGAAUACAGGAGCCUAUAUUUUUUAAUAACAUUGUUUCUGUAUAACCUACGCCAAAUUGCCUGUGCUGACAAAACAUAAGUGUGGAAAUAUAAUGGCUGCUUUUGAACGACCACUCGAAGGGUUAUGCUGUCCAGAGAGCGAGGGGGAGGGGGAUGAUGGUACAGUACAUGUAUAUUAUUAAGCAGCUGGUUGUUGUGCUUUAGUCUGCUUGCUUUUGUUAUUUUGCUAUAUACCUCUAAUUUAAUGUUUUUUUUCAUUAUUAUUAUUUGUACAGUAUACCAGCUUUAGAAAUCAAUAUCGAAAACAGUUUAUGCUUCUAAUCCUUAGUAAUGCUGGUGCAUCAACCUUUUUCAUGGAAUUCUUGACCAAAGUUCACAAUGUAUGAGCUGUGUGAGGAUCCUAAUUUUUUAUUUUUAUUUUUUUUUGCUGUCUUGAUGAAAAUAUCUGUUUUUACAUCACGUUCCAAGCACAUCUCCGUCACUUUGUGUACUGUAUUACUAUAGUCAUGCCGUUAUCAUUGCAUGGAUGCUAUUUUUAUAUCCAACCUAAAAUAAUAAACAUAUCUAUUGUU